UUUUGAAUUCAUCGCGAGGUGGAGAAAUGAGAAGGAUGGAAAUUCUCGGGCUUUUUGGAGGUGUCGGAAGAAACCGGUGACGUAAUUUUUGCAUCUUUGCGUCUCUUUAUAGCCCGAAGUAUAAAGCACCGAAGAGAUUUUUAAAUAAUAUUUUUAUUUCGGAAAUUUUUGACGAGGGCGGAAAUUUGUUGAUUUAUUUUUCAAAAAAUGUUCAGAACCGAACUUUGACGAGGCUCGUCGAUUGUAAAGCGCGCCAUUACUGAAAAACUACGAAUUGCAAAUUAGUCGGGUAAGAGAAUCGGAGAAUUACUGGAAUUAUUGGAGAGUUUUUUUACAUGAUUGCUUUGGACUCCACGUUGCAAACUUCAGCGUUAUUGACUCGCAGAGGUCAAGAUUUUGCCAGGUUACUUGUUACUAUUGAUGCUCUCGAUAUUCGUUAAAUAGUAUGGGAACUUCUGGGAAGACAGAAGAACUUGAUUAAAACAACGAAAAAUUACGGCCAAAGGUUCGUGCUAGCAAACACGCCGAAAACCGAGUUGCUAAGUCGUUUUGCACUAUUCUCCGGGUCAUUCGUAUUGAAAUGUGAUUCCCUUUUUAAAAUGAAGGCUCUUUUAUGUUGAAGGAAUUUCGAGAAGCAGAGUCUACGAAUUCGAACGCUUCUAUUUUCAGGAAUAUUCACAGAGCACAGUGAAUCCCUGUGAAUUCUUCCAAAUGUCGAACCCGAAAAUCCAAGCAGUCAUGCAUACGACUUUUCGUGCUCCCAGUCCAAAUCUAUUCGAACAAAAAGCCACGAGCAGGUUACAAUGGAACGCAUCGUCCCCACAGAACGUCGGAAGCGGUACAACGUGCUUGUACCUUUGCCAGGCGCAGCAGCUCAUAACAAAAGUGUAGCGAGGAUAUCGAACUUCAUAACAAAAUAUUUGUCAUCCAAAACAGCUUCGGAAGAAAAUGAAUCUUUCACCCCUUCUACUAGGUGCCCCUUCGAUUAAUUUCGGGAAUUAUCAGCUUGCGCGAAUAACCUCGAAUCAUCGAGAGCAAAAAUCUGAAACGAGUGUAGCAAGAUUGCUUGAAAAUUGCUUUUUUUCGCCAAUUACAAAAUGCACCGCGCAGACUCGUUACCCAGAACAGAGAAUUUUCAUGUUUCAAACACGAAAGCUAAAAUUCCUACUCGAUUAUUUCCAGAAAAUUUCCAAGAAACAAUCAAGCAAAACGUUCCCUUUUUUAGCUCUGAACAACUCGUCUCCCUUCCUUUAGGACGACAAAAGGCCCGGGGGCUUUCGAAACGGCGAAAGAGAUCUUACGACAUCACGAAGGAUCAAAACUUUCAUUGAAGUCUGUGACUUGAUGGUGUGUGCGUGUAUGCUCGUGACGUCUGGAUUCAUAGAGCUCAAAUAGAAAUCAAUAAGCCGAUUAUUAUUGGCACUGUGUGUCGUGCGCGUUCAACGGAGACUAUACCGCUUCGCGAGUCGAUACGCUCUGACAGUCAGAAUGAGCUUUUCUCGAAACUCUCCGUAACAACACAUACAAUCUAAUGUACUGACCGUAUAGACACGUCACCCGGACUGUAAGCACGGUUAGCAACGAUUUAUACUGUAAAUUAACCGUUUGAAGAAAAUUCAUUCUCAUUGACGAAACGUAAAGAGAAUAAAUUUGUACAAUUUUUGCCAAAUACGAUAAAUUUGAUUCUAAACGUUUGUACAAAAACCGUCGAAAUCUUCUGUAAACUUCUUCGCACCGACUUUUCCAGUCUGUGAUUCCACUCGAAGAAACUACUGCAGAAAUGGUCUUACGGAUCGUUCAAUCGGUCUAAGAGUGCGCUUUGAAUGUAGCUGUGAAAAAGACAAUUUCUCUCAAACGAAAUGAACGUUGGCCUGGAACAGAGAAGCACAUAAAUUGAAACAAUUUUCCGCACGAUGUGUAAAGCUGAUGUACAAUUUUUUGUUAGAAAUAUUUCAUGGAUUCGAACGAAUUGUGGAAAAUGAAUGCGAGGAACGAUACAAAUGGCUUAUGUUGUGAGAAGAAGUUGGGAGAAUUGUCAUCGUGAUCGACAUCGAAGAGUUUUGUACAGUCAAGUGGGCUCGACGCUUUGUAAACAGUCUCUGUGAAUCUAGCUAAGAAGUCAGAGUCCAAAGUUACGGAAACGGUGCGGAAAAUCAUUGGAUUAGGACCGGAGCGAAUAUUCUUUUCGCAUUUUCCUACAACCUCGGUACUUAAAAAUAACGAAAAUGCAACAUUCGAAUGAAAUUUUGUCGUCGUUCGAUUCGAGUUUCACUCACAAUUGAAAUUCGAGGAGUAAGUGUACCGUUGAAAAAUUUCCGAUACGAUCGAGGUAACGACACACGAUGCGUUUUGAUGGAUCGGAAAAUCAGGUUGAAAAGUUGAAAAUCUUGCGGGGAGUUGGCCUCCAAAAUAAAUGAUAAUCGAACUCCGUUUCAUUGACAGUCCAUCAGCAAUGAUCGGAAAAUAUUUGUUUUUACUUCGACUAACCAAAUUUAUGAUAAAUUCACAAAAUGACACGUUGUUGUCGGUCUCGAAGUGAUGCUCGUGCCCGAAGGAAAGUACGAAAAUGGGACAAAGAGUGGGACGUUUGCCGGAUACGUGGAGCGAACUGAUAGAGGAAAAAAACCGUGUUCUGCACUGGAGUUCUGAGAUACUCGCUAGAGUCGAUGACAAUAUCAGGACGGAGGAUAUUUUUUUGAUGGACUAUGACAAUGUAAAGAUCGAUGCGAAGAUUGAUCGAUGGGUCGAAAAUCACAGGCACGAAUGGGAAACUGCACUAUCCAAGUUUUCGCAGGAACGCACACGGAAUUCUCUACGGACCGGAGUUACCGAGAUCGCUGACGAUCUUCGGCACAAAAUGAGAAGGGAUUAUCAGGCCGCGUACGCCAAAAUGAAAAAAUUUACGAGGCGAGUCGACGUGAUGGGCAUCAAGGAACGAAAAAUACACACGCAGGUGCAAGAUUUGGAAAUCGUAUGCGCGAAUGAUCUCGAAACAUUCGUCGCUAAACUCGGACCAUUGAGGAAAAAAGUUUUUGCUAAUCUUCGACAAUCGGAGAAAAUGGGCUUCGAAGAAAAGAGGCUCAGGGCAGCGUUCACGAAAAAGGUUUAUGACAUCGAUCGAAAAUACAUAGAAGAAUGUGCAACAAGAAUCACUAAACUAGUCAAAGAUUUUGAAGAAUCUAGUACGUGAUUUGGACGUUACCCAAACAGAACAAACUGAACCAUGCUGUUUUCUAACUGCGUGCUAUUUAUCAGUAUUUUAUUUAUUUAUUUAUUUCAUCUUCAAGUUGGCAGUAGAUGGUAAAGAAUAAAAAGCAAAUGAAAUCCAAAGUAAACAAUGAUAAACUGGUUUGAGGAAAUUCAGCGCGUCGAGGAGAAACCGUGAAUUUACAUUAAUCGAGCGCAUGUAUCAGGAGAACACAGCACGAAGGUUCUUCGAGUACGAACCGCACACACAAGUAGUCCGGAAAGAAGGUGAAGAAAUUGGUAGCUCGAAGAUCUGGGAGUUUUAAACAUCCUCGUUAAUCCAAGAUUAGCUUAAUUCUAUAUUUCAUUUUUACUAUAGUGAUAUGGACUUUUAUGUGAGCACAUUUUAUGUCAAUCGGACUAUUAAUCGUUAAUGUAAGUUAUGUAUUUUUUAUAUUGUGUACGAAAAUAAUGUGAAAAUACGUUGGAAAUAAAAAAUUCAGUGAACUCUUCA